CUCACUGCGCCUCCAGCCGCAUUCUCGCAACAUACAGCCAACAUGGCGGAGAGCGAAACCUUGGAGAGUAUCACCGAGCAUGAGCGCAUUCUGCAGGAGAUUGAAAGCACAGACACAGCCUGCGUUGGUCCAACGCUUCGGUCUGUGUACGAUGACCAACCUAAUGCACACAAGAGGUUUAUGGAGAAGCUUGAUGCCAGAAUACGAAACCAUGACAGGGAGAUUGAGAAGAUGUGCAACUUUCACCAUCAGGGUUUCGUCGACGCCAUCACAGAGCUCCUCAAAGUCCGUGCAGAUGCAGAGAAAUUGAUGGGCCAAGUGACCGACACCAAUCGAAGACUUCAAGAUGCCGGACGAGAGGUGACAGCCCAAACGGAGGAGGUCAUUCGCUGCAGGAUUCAGCAGAGGAACAUGGCCACCACUGUGGAGAAACUACAGCUAUGUAUUCCGGUUCUGGAAAUGUACAGCAAAUUGAAGGAACAGCUUGAAUCCAAAAGAUACUAUGCUGCACUGAAAACCAUGGAGCAACUGGAAAACAUUUACAUCCCCAGAGUGAGCCAGUAUCGCUUUUGCCAAAUCAUGGCUGAGACACUCCCUAAACUUCGUGAGGAGAUCAAGGAAAUCUCCAUGUCAGACCUGAAGGACUUCCUGGAGAGUAUCCGAAAGCACUCCGAUAAGAUUGGUGAAACAGCGAUGAGACAGGCCCAGCAGCACAGGACGUUCAUCAGUGCCGUUCAGAAGCAGGCGAGCCUGGGCUGUGCUAAACCUUUGUACAGUCUGAAUGGCAGAACAACCCUCCAGCACAAUGGGCUGGUCGCGGAGGACACAGCUGAAGAAGAGGAGGCUGACGAUGAAGUUUUAACAGCGCAGGAUCUGGUGGACUUCUCUCCUGUGUACCGAUGUCUUCACAUCUACACUGUACUGGGAGACAGAGAGACAUUUGAAAAUUACUACAGAAAGCAAAGAAAAAAACAAGCAAGGUUGGUGCUGCAGCCCCAGUCAAACAUGCACGAAACAGUAGAGGGCUACCGAAAGUACUUCAACCAGGUCGUUGGGUUUUUUGUGGUGGAGGACCACAUAUUACACGCCACGCAAGGCUUGGUGACUAGAGCGUUCACUGACGAGCUGUGGAACAUGGCCCUGUCCAAAAUCAUCGCUGUUCUCCGAACACACUCAUCCUACUGUAAUGAUCCUGACCUGGUCCUGGAACUGAAGAACCUGAUUGUUAUAUUUGCAGACACGUUACAGGGUUAUGGUUUCACGGUGAACAGACUUUUUGACCUGUUGUUUGAGAUUAGAGAUCAGUAUAAUGAAACCCUGCUGAAGAAGUGGGCUCUGGUGUUCAGAGAGAUAUUUGAGCAGGACAACUACAGCCCCAUUCCUGUAGAAAAUGAAGAAGAGUACAAGUCUGUGGUCAGUAGGUUCCCCUUCCAUGAGGCAGAGAUUGAAAAGCAACCAUUUCCAAAGAAACUCCCCAUGUCCCAGUCAGUGCCUCAAAUCUACAUUCAGGUGAAGGAGUUCAUCUAUGCCAGCCUAAAGUUCUCUGAGUCACUACACCGGAGCUCUACUGAGAUUGACGACAUGCUUCGUAAAUCCGCCAAUUUGCUGCUGACCAGGACGCUGAGCGGCUGUUUACAGAACCUCAUCAAAAAGCCCCAUAUAGGGCUAACUGAGUUGGUUCAGAUCAUCAUAAACACCACCCACUUAGAGCAAGCAUGUAAAUACCUGGAAGACUUCAUCACAAACAUCACCAACGUCUCUCCGGAAACCAUUCACACCACAAGACUCUACGGGCUCUCCACUUUUAAGGAUGCAAGACAUGCAGCUGAAGGUGAAAUCUACACCAAGCUCAACCAGAAAAUUGACGAGUUCAUCCAGCUAGCUGACUACGAGUGGGGCAUGGCCGAGUCAGACGGCCGGGCCAGCGGCUACCUAAUGGAUCUCAUCAAUUUCCUGCGAAGCACCUUCCAGGUUUUCACACACCUUCCGAAUAACAACAAUGAUCAUGCAGCGAUGUCGGGGAAGGUGGCUCAAACAGCCUGCAUGUCGGCCUGCAAGCACCUGGCCACCUCUCUGAUGCAGAUGUUGCUGGACACGGAGCUCAAGCAGAUCAGUAUGGGGGCCAUCCAGCAGUUCAACUUGGAUGUCAUCCAAUGUGAAUUGUUUGCCAGUUCAGAGCCUGUUCCAGGAUUCCAGGGGGACACACUACAGCUAGCAUUCAUUGAUCUUCGACAGCUCCUGGACCUGUUCAUGGUGUGGGACUGGUCCACUUACCUAGCGGACUACGGCCAGCCCACCUCGAAGUAUCUUCGGGUCAACCCCUCUACUGCACUAGCACUUUUGGAAAAAGUCAACAGAGGGAUGAAGGAUACAAGCAAAAAGAACAACAUUUUCUCACAGUUCAGAAAGAAUGACCGCGACAAGCAGAAGCUGAUCGAGACGGUGGUGAAGCAGCUGAGAAGCCUGGUGAACGGCAUGUCCCAGCACUCCUAAACACCGCCUCCCUCCCAAUGGCUGCAUCACACCCCUCAGCUUUACCCCUGUUAAUGGGCUUUAUUUUAACAAUGUGAAGGCAUGGUGCGGAGUGUGACCAACACACUACGCUACCCCCAAUUGUUAACUGAAGGCAAAGGCGAUUUGUACAAUGCUGUGCACAAGUCAGAGAACCCAUCUAAUUUUCGGUCAAAAUGGCUAUUAAGUACAUUAUUAAUCUCUUCAGGAGAUAUAUCUUCAGGAGGUUAGAUAAUAGAUAAUCCACUUGCUCUUGGGGAAAGUAAAAAAGUGAAAAAACAGGAUUUUCUAAAACUAAAAAAUACAGAGAAAAUGGAACUACUAAUAACCGUACAAGACCUGGUGGACCACCAAAACUGUCACUAUCAGAUAAACAGAAAUUAAAUCUUUCACCUUUGAAAAAGAGAGGAUUACUUGGAUCGUGAGAGGCAGAAAAUGCUAAACCAACUUCUAAGACUGAACUUUGGAGGUGUGGAAAAGUAUUCUUGCAGACCUCUUUGAAAAGCUGAAAGCAAAUAGCCCUAAAAGCAUGGAAGGUGUAAUAACUGAAGAAUGGACACUAAAAUUUUGAUAGUUGUUGACGCUUCUGUUCUGUUUUACUGCUGAAAAUGAAUAGCUUGUACUUAAUGGCCAUUUUCACUGGAAACUAAACAAAUGAAGAGUCCACAGUGCCGAAGCUGCUCCUGGUAGUAUGUUAACACAGCUGCAUUCCCUCAUGUACUAAUGCCAAAAUGUCUCCCACUGUGUCACUUCCCAUUUUUGACUGAAUUGAUCUUGUAAAUAUGGGACGAACAAACGUGGGAGGAGGGAGGCAGUUGACUGAACACAACAAAGCAGUAAUUUUUUUUUGUAAUGUAUUUUUAAUGGCUGAGAAUUAUGUUUUUAUAUUGUGAAAGUGAAAUGAUUGUAUUGCUACAGUGGAGCGUGUUCAGAGUGCAGGUGUGGGAAUGCGAUGCAAGGGAUGAUGAAGUCCACCUACGAGACUGAUGUUCACAUUGAUAUUGAGAUCUUUUGAAAUUCUCCAUAGUGUAACAGGGGAUGUCAUUUUUACUGUAAAUAUUUUUAAAUAUAUAACACUACUGUUAAAUCAUGCUUCCCACUGGUUUGGUUUUAGUGAAAUUAGGCUCCGAUUAGGUGUCCGAUUUGCAUGAGUGUUUUUCUUUUCUUCUAUUUGAAGACCAAGGGACCUUUUAAUAAGUUAUACGCUUAAUUCAGAACCUCAUAUAAGGGAAUUUGUCUGCUCCAUUUCAUUAGACACAGUGUACAAAGCAGCAGUUAGUUGCUUUGUGUCUACAAAUGCUCCAUAGAGUUGUUUUAUUACAUUUUUAUUUCCUCAGGGUGAAACGAAAUCUUCUCAGUUUAAAUGCUUUAGCAUCCCACACUAAGACAAAACUAAAAGAGCAAUAACUGAUCUGGCUACAGUCACCGCAACCUGUAUUUCACAUUUAAAACGAUUUUAUGAUUGAGUUGUCCUUGGUUUUUCAGCAGGCAUUUUGCACUGAAUAUUAUUUGUUUGCUUUUCGGAAAAAAAGUGUGUAUAUAUAUAUAUA